CACCUAACGAUAUUAUUUCCGUUGUUUGUUUUUAGAUUAUAGUGGACAGGUAUGGAAGGGUUGGUUCAGUAUCAGGGAAAACUGAGCAAAUAUACGAACGUGGUGAAGGGGUGGCAGACUAGGUAUUUCAUCCUAAACCCACAGAACGGGUUCCUCGAUUACCACGUGAGCGAGUCCGAGGCUUUCGGGUCAAAUUAUCGGCCGCGUGGUUCGUUACCACUGGAUGGAGCAGUGAUAGCACCAAGCAGCGAGGAUUCGUUAGCUUUCUCCGUGAAUUCAUCAAGUGGUGAAGUUUAUAAAUUGAAAGCCGCUGAUGUGAAGGGUCGACAGGAAUGGAUUACUCGGUUACGAGCCGUGUCCGAACAUUACACGUCGCAAAUUGCUCAAGAGCACCCUCCGCUGGCCACUAAGCCUCGAACUCGCUCGGUCGUCUCAAACAUAAGUAACAACAUCAAUAAAAUUAAAGCACAUUGGUUGUUGACGGAACAUUAUAUCAAAGACCACGUGCAACAAUUAUCCUCAAACCAACCACCCGCGACCACCCCACGACCCCACCCUGAACCUGGGGAUUCCCCCCCAAGUAGGGGUCGUUCGUUGAGUCGGGGGUCGCUCACCCGUAAUGUGGGUGAGGUCCCCACGGCAACGAAACGAUAUUUCAAUUCAUCGGAUUUGAAACAAUUGCAAGACGCUCGUGAAUCAAUCAUCAGUGUUGACAACUACCAUGCUGGGUUGGUGAAUAUGGCGGCCAUGUUUGAUCUCAAUGGUCCCAUGUCACUCGAUCGGGAUGUACUUCUCCUUAAAGCUACUUCGAACGCAACGAUACAAGCGUUAACGACGUGUCAUCAUAUCCUACAUAAAUAUCAUCAAUAUUUAAUAUCAGCUUUACCUCAUGAUGCUGAAAUAUCAUGGGUUAAUCCGAAGACAGAUGCAAUCCAACCGAGUGACGAUAAAGAUUAUGACAUCACAAUGCAGCAGACGAAGAACGCACACGAGCAACCCCCCCUAGCGGAUCCCGCCCUCGAGGUUGAAGAUGUCUAUGUCGAACCCGACGAGGGGUUAGGAGCUGUGGACGAACAUAGAAAUGUUAUAAUGCACCUUUUGUCACAACUUAAACUUGGGAUGGACCUUACUAAGGUUACUCUCCCCACUUUUAUAUUGGAGAAACGUAGUUUGUUGGAAAUGUAUUCGGACUUUGGGGCUUGCACCCAUAUGUUGCUUGAUAUAUGUGAUGGGGAUUCCCCUGUGGAGAGAAUGCAUCGUGUGUUGAAAUUUUAUCUCACAUCGUUUCAAUCGGGGAGGAGAGGUCAAACAGCCAAGAAACCGUACAACCCAAUCCUUGGUGAAACAUUCCAAUGUAGUUAUCAUCCCAUAGUCGACGGGGAAGAGCAUAGGGUGCAGUUUGUGGCCGAACAGGUUUCCCACCACCCCCCUAUUUCCGCCUUCUUCAUGAGCUGCCCCGAUAAAGGAAUUAAAUUGGAGUCGAGUAUUUGGACGAGAUCGAAGUUCAUGAAUAUGUCGGUUGGCGUGAUGAACGUGGGGGAAGGUAUUCUGACCCUCACCCCCCACAACGAGGUGUACACGAUGACAUACCCAUCUGCAUUCGCACGAUCCAUACUCACAGUACCGUGGUCAGAGUUGGGGGGAAGAUGCACCAUCGUAUGCGAAGGAACGGGGAUGGUCGCAAAUAUUAUGUUUCAUACCAAGCCUGCUUAUGGGGGGCAACCACACAGAGUGACAGCGGAAGUGAAAGAUGGCACGGGUGUGGUUACGUGUCGCGUGCAAGGGAAAUGGAACGGAGAGCUUAGUUUCAAAUAUACGAUGAACCCCGACGCAGGUGAAGAGGAUGUUGAAGGUAUUGACACGACAACGUUGGUUGCCACAACUAAACGGGUACAACCCCUUGACGUUCAAUUCCCAACCGAAUCAAGGCGUUUGUGGAGAAACGUAACCGAAGCUUUGCGUAAACACGACGUAACAACGGCCACCAAGUACAAAGAAGGAUUGGAAGAGGAACAACGCAAGUUGGAAUCUUGGAGGGGCCUGUCGGGGGCGUCGCACCAACCAACAUUCUUUACCAAGCACAAGGGGAAGGAGGUGGAUUGUUACAAGUUUAAAUAUAUGAUGUCAUAAUCACUCAUGAUGAUGUCACAAUGACCCAUGAUGAUGUCACAAUGCCCUAUGAUGAUGUCACAAUGACCCAUGAUGAUGUCACAAUGCCCUAUGAUGAUGUCACAAAUCACAAUGAUGGUGUCACAAGUGACAAUACUCUAACAAUACCAUGUUAUGUGCGGCAUAAUACUAACAUUGCUUUUUAUAUUUUAUUGAUGUUUGAAAUAUAUUUGUGCGCCCCGCA